AUGACGUCCACUACGGAACCAGCCGUUGCUCCUGCAGCGGUAGCGGCUGAAAAGAACGGCGCUCCUCCCAAACUCGACGUCGCGGCGGUCGGCGCCAAGAAGGAAGAGAGCCCCGUCAACGAUGGGAUCGACGAGGUCAACCCGGCCGACUUCGCCGGCGAGGUCGCGACCAGCAACGAGCUGCCGUCCGAUGCGACACUGAAGCGAGUCGAAGACUACGUCCUGCUGGACAAGCACGGCAAGUCGCACACGUUCAAGAGCCUGUACAGCGGCAAGGGCGUGGCCAGACGGGUCAUGAUCAUCUUUGUGCGGCACUUCCUGUGCGGUAACUGCCGCGAGUACCUGCGCCUGCUCUCCGAGACCAUCUCCACCGACGCCCUGCUGCGCCUGCCCGUGUCGACCUUCAUCGCCGUCGUCGGCUGCGGCGACCCCAACGCCAUCGACUUCUACGCCCGGUCGACGGGCUGCCCGUUCCCCAUCUACACGGACCCGUCGCGCAAGCUGUACGCCGAGCUGGGCAUGGUCAGCACGCUCGACCUCGGCAGGCGGCCGGCCUACACGCGCAAGGGCCUGCUGAUGAACUCGCUCGAGUCGGUGGCGCAGGGCCUCUUGAACAUCGGCAGCGGGCUCAUCGCCGGCACGGCCGCGGCGCGCCAGGUCGGCGGCGAGUUCCUGUUCGAGCCGCUGACCGUCUCGACGCCGACGGACGAGGAGGACCGGACGAUCGGGGCGCGCAGCCUGACGGGCAUGUCGGCCGCCGGGGCCGAGGAGGAGCACGCUGCCGCCGCCGCCGCCGACGGCAGGGGCGGCGGCGGCGCGACGGAGGAGAAGAAGGUUACGUGGUGCCACCGGAUGAGGACGACGAGGGGCCACGCCGAGAUCCCUGAGCUGAUGAAGGUGCUGGGCCUGGACGAGAAGGGGCAGCCGAUCGAGGGGCGGCAGCUUUGGUCGGAGGUGGCUUGCGGUGGUUGCAAGCUCUGGCUUCUCGAAUCGACCUGCACCCAUGUGUCACUCCCUACUGGCCCAGACCUCAUCUUCAUCCAAGCAAAGCGUGAGGAGGAAAAGGAGGAAAAGGCUAAGAAAUAA